AUGGCUCCAACAAUUGAGAAGGAGGUUAGUAGUAAAUAUAUACCUGAUGAUAUUGUUUUCUCUAUUUUAUCUAAACUUUCCGUUAAAUCUAUCAAGAGGUUUUCCUGCGCCUGCAAAUCAUGGUCUUCUUUGUUUGAAAACCCUAAUUUCAUAAACAAGUUCCGCAACAAUCUGUUGUCAAAAUCUCAUCCUUUGUACGAUGAUGCAUGUCUCAUUCUAAACCAUUUUUCGGGUCCUGAUUAUCAUUGGAAUGUUUAUUUGCUUUCUGGUGAUAGAUUUGAGAAUAAAGUGAAAUUGGAUUUGCCACCUUCAUUACCCAUUGAAAAUGGUUUUGAUUAUAUUCGUAUAUUAGGCUAUGCUAUUAAUGGUACUCUUUGUAUAUUUGACUAUCAUUCAAAUUCAAGAGUUGCAUUAUGGAACCCUGCUACUCAAGAAGUUAAGGCCAUUCCUCCUAGCCAUGGAGUCAUUCCAAAGGUUACAACUCAAUUUCAACUUCAUGGAUUUGGUUAUGACCAUGUUAGGGAUGACUAUAAAGUCAUUCAACAUGUGAAUUAUUUUACAUUUAAUGAUGAUCCUUGUGAUGGUCUAGGCCAUGAGCGUUUUUGGGAAAUAUAUAGUCUAAAAAGCAACUCAUGGAAGAAAAUCAAUUUUGAUAUGCCAACUCGUUACCAGGAUUUUGAUACUGAUGUGUAUUUGAAUGGGAUGUGUCAUUGGUGGGGAGGAACAACUGCUGAGGCAUAUAUGGUGUCCUUUAACUGGUGCAAUGAGGACUACUUUAUUACACCUUCACCCUUAGAAGAUUUACCUGGUUGUUUUGAUGUUAGCUUGGUUGUGUUAAAUGGGUUUGUGGCUAUGAUAUCUAAUUAUAGAGAGACUAAUUCAUUCCAAAUUUCAAUUUUGGGUGAACUUGGUGUCAAGGAAUCAUGGAUUAAACUCUUUGAUGUUGAACCCUUGUCUUGCAUUGAUAGUCCUAUUGGAGCAUGGAAGAAGGGCAAUAUAUUCUUCAGAAAAGAAAACGGCCAACUGGCUUUAUUUGAUUUAACUACUGGAGUGACGGAGGAGAUUGGUGUCAAAGGAGAAAGGUUUUGGUGUCAGAUGGUAAUGUACAAUUAA